AGCGUUCAUCACCCCCUAAUUUCUAUUACAUGGAUAACUCUUUUGCUUUAAAAGAUAUUUUAAUGAGAUCUUCACUAGUAUUUUUUAAAUAUUUAGCAGAAGAAGCGAAGUUAUUUGUUUAUUUUUUUUUUUUAAAUAUUGAUAUUUUUCUUUUUUAUAAAAAAAAAAUAUAAAAAAAUAAAUAAGUUCGCCUCUAGUAAAUGCGUUUUUAAGAAAUUAACCCUAAUAACAUUUUAUGAAAUUUUUGAUAAUAAACCUAGCAAACGUGUAAUAGCAAAAUAUGGCAAUUUUCAUCAAAUUUUAGAAUAUUUACUACGUCUCGGCAUACUUGGCAGCAUUGCUUUAUGCUUUAUCGAUCCAAGAUCUACUGGCGAGCGUCGUUCCCGUGUCACCCCAAUGUUAAAAAAUAUUAAUAUAUAGUAAUGUAAUAAAUUAUGUAGGUUGAAUAUUAACAAAUACGAAAAGUUUGGACUACCUGAUUUUAGUUAUUUUUCGAACUUUUGUCCACAAUCCUUUUUGGUUUGUGAUGUAGCGUUGAUGUGUUUACAAAUUUGCCGUACGCUGCAAUAUUAUUAAUAAUUGUUAUUAGUAGGCAACUAAUAACAAUUAAUAAUAUUAGGUACUUAGGUUAGAUUAGUAGGAUAUUUAGUAAAUUUUGUUUUUUUUUUGUUUGAAUUUUUAAGCCUGUCUGCAAGCGACUGUCGCCGCGCCAUCGCGUCGCCUCGGUGCCGCCUUACCCCAUUGUUAAACAAUAAUGUUAUAUUAUAUUCAGGUAGAAUAAUGAGAAAAACGAAAAUUUUAGACUGGGUACCUGAAUAACUGUAACUUUUUACGUACCCUAACACUUUUUAGUUUGUGAUGUGCCGUUGUAUAUGGAAGUCUGUCAUGUGCUAUUUUUGUGAAAACUGUGAACUUUACUGUUAUAGUGUUUUUGUUUUUAUUGUGCAAGAGCAGUUAUUUUUUGAAAAAAUGGGAAAACGUAAAGACGGUAAAUCCAAGGUUUACUAUUCGCGCCGGAAAUCAAGGAAACACAAAAGAGUUAUUAUCUAACUAAUACCAAAAAAACAUCUCCUGAUACCAUAACUGACUACGUUAUAGAAGGAAGGAGAAUCGUAGAUAUUCAGAAGCUUUUUAAAGAAAUCCAGAAUUUAUCCAGACACCCUCCAUUUAAUUGCACAAUUGCAGAUAUGAACAUUUUGACGGAAAAUAGAAAAGGCUUAAAAAGUUCAAUUUUACUAAAGUGCAAAAUGUGCAAUUUAGAAAAAUACCUCAAUCUGUUUACUCAAGAUGAGUCUGAAACAUCCAUGGACAUAAAUGCCGCAGCAGCCUUAGCAACCAUUUCAACGGGUAUUGGAUUUACUGCCGCAGAAGAAUUUAUGGCCAUACUGGAUGUCCCUUUUAUGUCUCCAAAUACAUAUCAGCAGCACCAUGAGUUUGUGGGAGAAAAGAUAAGGGAAACGGCUUGAAAAGCAAUGGAGGAAGCCGCACAAGAAGAGAGUUUAUUGGCCAAAGAAUUAGGAGAAGUAGACCAAAAUAAUCGCCCCUGUAUCACUGUUGUGGCUGAUGGUGCUUGGAGCAAAAGGUCUUAUAAUGUUAAUUAUGAUGCUGCUUCAGGAGUUGCUUGUAUAAUUGGACAGAAUAAGAGGACCGGAAAACUUUUAUUUCUUGGCAUCCGAAAUAAAUACUGCAGCUUUUGUGCAUACGCCAGUGCCAAAAACAUGGAAGUCAUUCCAGAUCAUACAUGUUAUAAGAACUGGUCAAAUACAUCCACAAGUAUGGAAUCCGACAUAAUUGUGGAAGGAUUUCGAAAAAGUAUUGACAUGUAUAAUAUUAUUUAUAAAAGACUUGUUGGGGAUGGUGACAGUAGCGUCUAUAAAAAACUGAUCGAGGCUCGCCCAUAUGGAAGUUUACAUGUGGAGAAAAUUGAGUGCAGGAAUCAUUUAUUAAGAAAUUUUUGCUCCAAAUUGCGUGAAAUAUCUAAUAAGUUUAUUUAUCAUUAGCAUUAAUUUUUGAAAAAGCUAUUAAUUGUUCUUUAUUUAUUUUAGGUAAAAAAAGAAGCAACAGUACAAAUAAUCCGGUUUCACCAUACCUGCGCAAACAUAUUUUGAACAAUAUACGAAGGAUGAGAACUGCUGUGGCAAUGGCUGUUACUCAAAGAAAUAAAGAAGAUAAAAGCUUUAGUAUUAAAAUAGAAAAUCUUACUAAAGAUUUAAAAAAUAUACCAUCCCACGUAUUUGGAGAGCAUCUAAACUGUACAGCCAUAGGAUAUUUUAGAUGUGAUAAAAAGUUUGGAGAAAAAAAUUAUAUUGAAGAAAUGAAGGCAUGUGGGGUUUUGCAAGACAUUGAAGUUUGUCUAAAUAGACUCAUAUUGCAUGCUUCCAGUUUGUUAAGAAAUAUGGACAAUAAUGUAGCUGAACAUUAUAACUCUGUGGUAUGCAAGUUUAUUGGCGGAAAGCGCAUCAAUUUUUCAAAAAGAAGGUCUUAUCAAAUACGGUGUGAAGCUGCAGCCCUAUCUUAUAAUCUUGGAAGCGGAGAAUACCACAAACAAAUUUUUAAAUCAAUUGCUGAAAAAAGUCCUUCUGGUCAUACAAAAAAAUUUAUUAAUAGAGUUAAACAAAGACGUAUUAAUACUCUUAAAAUAAGACCAAAAACCCUAUUUAAAAAACGAAAUAAAUCAAUUGCGCUUCCUGAUAAAGAUUAUGGGGAUCAGGAGGCAGAUAAUAGCAUACAGCCAGACAUGGAAGAAAAUUUAUUUGAAGAAAAAAAAAAGGAAUUUUUAGAAGAACUCGAAAAAAAUGAAAAUGAGAUUAAGGAUUUAGAGAUUAGUACCAGAGGACAAGGAGGAAAUCCAAAGUGGUAUCAAGAAAGGAGUUUAAGGCUUACAGCGUCAAAUUUUGGAAAUAUUUGCAAAAUGCUAGAAAAAACAAAUUGCAAAAAUAAAGUAAAAGCAAUUCUUUAUUCCAAGUUUCGGGGCAAUAAACACACUAAGUAUGGCACCGAAAAAGAACCAUUUGCUAUUCAACAAUUUGAGGAAACCUACAAUUUAAAAGUUGAAAUGUGUGGUCUUUUUAUUGAUUCCGAAUGUUGUGCUUUGGCUGCUAGCCCUGAUGGGCUAGUUGGCUCAAGAGGAUUAGUAGAAGUAAAGUGCCCAUCAACAGCUUCAGCAAUCAGCCCUACAGAAGCUAUCAAUAAAAAAAUAAUCAAGUUUGCCACCCUUGAUGAAAAUGGACAGAUGCAUUUAAAACAGAACCAUGAUUAUUUUUAUAAAAUCCAAGGCCAGCUUCAUAUCACAAAAAGAGAUUUUUGUUAUUUUAUUUUAUGGACACCUAUGGGGAUGCUGGUAGAACAGAUUUGGCGGCAGGACUCAUUCUGGAAUGACAAAAUGAUAGGAAAAUUAAAAAGUUUCUAUUACAAUUGUUUAUUACCGGAAAUUAUCGACCCGCGAUAUAGUAGAGGACUGGAAAUAAGAAAUCCAUCGAGAAAAUAACAACAUUUUAAUUUUAAAAUAGGUAUAUUAAUAGAUUUUUGCAAAUAUAAAACUGUACUUUUUAAAAUAAAAUUUAAAAUAUAAGUAUGUAUAUAAUUGUUUUUUCAAUAAGAUUAGGGUAAAAUGUAUAACAGUUCA